UAGUGAAUUUGAGAAAUACGGUAUGGAGUCCAGCAAAUCGUUUUUCAUACGGGAUCUAUUGGGCGAUUUAAUCAGCAGUCGACAAUGUGAACAAUCAUUUACAGCCCGGCUGAUAUCUGACGAUGAAGAAAACAGCGACGUAGAUAUAGAAGACAGAUCCUCGGACUCGGGAACUAUCAGUCAUUACAAUUCCUAUAUCGCUACCGAGAAUGUUACUAACGAAAACAUUCAUCGAUCAUUGCUAGCUUCCAUUGAACGAGAAUCCAAACAGGAUGUACACACACCGGCGAUAAUUAUAAAAAGUGGACGAAAGCCUCGAAGGCGAAGAACUGCUUUUACACAUGCCCAAUUAGCUUACUUAGAGCGUAAAUUUAGGUGCCAAAAAUAUUUAUCGGUGGCGGACAGGAGCGACGUUGCCGAUGCAUUAAAUCUUUCUGAGACGCAAGUAAAAACAUGGUACCAAAAUCGACGGACCAAAUGGAAGCGACAAAAUCAACUUCGCAUGGAGCAGUUAAGACAUCAAGCUUCGCUGGAAAAAAAUAUAAUAAACGUGUCAAACGCCGCAGGUGGUAGCGUUACACCCAGGCAUCUGCAUCAGCAAACCGAUUCGUCUACUAGUUCCUUGCCAGUUACUAGACCUGGCAAUCAAUGUUGCCAAACACCGCCUGCCCUUGUUGUAUCAUCGCCGUUCGUUUCGUCCAACCCAUGUAGUUUUUUAACUUCCGCUGCCGCUGCCAUUUUUCGUAAUGUUGCCCAACCAUGGUCAUCCAGUUCUCUGCUGUAG